AUGACCCUUAUCCAUGGACUCUACAUAGGAAUGAACAUCGAUUAUGGAGUCGUUUUAUGGGCUCAAGUGAUUCAAAGCACUGUCUCCACGUCUCGUCAUACGGAGAUUUCUUGUGCAAGGUUUUGGUCUCUGAUAGUUCGCAUGGUCAUUAUUAAGCACAACAUUCCCCUGAUGCAGGAUGCCCUAGCCUUUACUGUUUCCACCCUUCAUAUAAAAGGGAUUAUUGUUGUCGGUCCAUUAAAAUUCCCAUUCAUUAGAUCUAUCCCUGAAGUCAUGUUUCAGGUUGUUCCUGCUUCAAGUAAACUCUUGGAAGGAUUUCACAAACUUACACCCUCGGGGUUUAGGCCUCUUACUCCAGAAAUGCAGGCAAUUCUUGAUACCGCUGAUAAACCGAAGAAAGGAGGAAAGGAGUCAAAGAAAGAGGUUAAGAAGGCUGAAGGUCUUUCUGGUGCUACAAAACCUUCGCCUAAAAAGCAAAAGUCACCCGCAGCAUCCUCUACGGCUGUUCCAAAGAGAAGAAAACAACCGGCUCGCAAACGGAAGACGUCUACUCCCUCAGAAAACAAAGAGUCAGAUUCUGAGACUGAGUCAGAUGUUCAUGUUGAAACAGCUCAAUCUAUUUUCAAUGAGGAGGAAAUCUCGGUUUAUAAUGAAGAGGCAGAGACAGUUCAGAAUAAAGAAUCUCCAGUUCACAAUGAAGAAGAUACUACGAACCGAGAGGUACAUCAAUCUAUUCGUGAAUUAGUUCCUUCUCCCCAUCCUUCUCCAAAAUCAACCUCCAUUCCCAUUACUAUUGCUCCUUGUCUACCCCCUAUUAUCUCAUCUCAACCUACUAAGGUUCCCAUCUCAACACCAAUCUUAACCGCUUCAACUACUAAUCCCAUCACUUCAAUGAUUCCUGAGGUUUCGAUCAACGUAUCUGAUACGGGGGAUACAACUUCAGUGUUCGCUACCCCUGUUUCCUCAUCCAUUUCUCCUAUUCGUAAUGAUGAUCUGGAAAUGAUAUUUACUGAAGAUGGUGAUGAAUAUGAUCUAGGCGGAUUCACCUAUAAUCCAUUCCAGAUCACGACCGAAAAUGAAGAUGAAGCCUCAAUUUCGAAAGGUCAGUUGAAAGCUAUUCAUGAGAAGCUUGAUCAACUGUUGCUAGCCUCCAAGGCUUCCCCUUCUGAUGUAUAUUUAAAAGCAACGGUUGAAUCAUUAUUUGGGAGAAUAAAGGAGCAUGAAGAAAAUGCUAAAAAGAUGAAUGCAUCGCUUUUUGAAUCUGUUGAAGUCUGCAAAUCAGCGACCAAAAAAGUCGAUAAACUAAUCUCUGAAACAACUACUUUCAUGGAGAAUUAUAGAACAACCUACAACAACAAUACCGCCUCUGAGAAUGAAUCCCUUCAGAACUUGGGGCAAUAUUCAAGACUGAGAAGGGACUUAAUGAUUUCCAUUACGGUUCACAAACAUCUUGUUGAGAAGUUAAGACUUGUCUUCGCAAUGUUAUAUCGCCUACUGGGUGUUUCUCCUCAGUCAUCUGAACAAAAACAAGGGGGAGAAGGUGCAUCUAAAGUUCAACCUCAAAAAGUCCUUGCCAAGCCCAUUAUCAAGAACGAACCUAAGGGCAAGGAAAAGUUAAUUGAAGAAGAGCCUAUCAUUGAUGACGAUGAAGAUUAA